UGGUUGUAUCAAGGACGUGAACAAUAGAAAAAAAAAAAAAAAUUCUCUUAUAAGACCAUCAAUAUCGGCAAAACUCAACACAAUCGUCAUUUGCUCUUUGUUGGAAUUAUCUCUCACUUCAUCCACUAAAAUACAAAAUUUUGUGGCUCUAACUUCUUCAAGAGUUUUGGAUCUCACUUGGGCUUUCAACACUUGUUUGAAUUUUAAUGAAUUGAGAUCUCUGGAAAUAAUAUUUUGGAUUAUUUCUUCAGUUGACUUCGUAAUCCUUUACAAAGUUCAGGGCAUGAUCAGCCUCACACUCUCAGCCACACUCCCCAAUCUCAGGCCACCCCAUUGCACUUCCACCGACCAACUCUGCAAACAAGCCGACUCGGGCCAGCUGUCGGUCCUCUACAUUUCCCUCCUCCUCACAGCCCUCGGCUCCGGCGGCAUCCGGCCCUGCGUCGUCUCCUUCGGGGCAGACCAAUUUGACGAAAACGACCCUGAACAGAAAACCACCACCUGGAAAUUCUUCAACUGGUACUACUUCUGCAUGGGAGCUUCCAUACUCGUGGCCAACACUGUUAUUGUCUACAUUCAGGACAAUGUGGGCUGGGGUUGGGGCCUCGGAGUGCCAGCUGCCGCCAUGUUUUUGUCGGUAGUGGCUUUUGUGUUUGGGUACCCUCUUUACCGGAAGCUGGAUCCGGCUGGCAGCCCCUUCACGCGGCUGGCUCAGGUCUGUGUGGCCGCCUUCAGGAAAAGGAAUUCGGAUGGGGCAAUCGAGCUUUACGAGAAUGAUGAUCUUGAUGCCGGGAUUUCAGUUGGUGGGAAGCUCGUGCAUACGGAGAGUAUGAAGUUUCUGGACAAGGCCGCAGUGGUGACCCGAGCCGACGACCCGAAAUCACCCAACCCGUGGAGGCUGGCUACUGUCCACCGCGUGGAGGAGCUUAAGUCCCUGAUCCGCAUGGGUCCGAUCUGGGCAGCGGGGAUCCUCCUCAUCACGGCGGCGGCCCAGCAGGGAACCUUCUCCCUCCAGCAGGCGAAAUCCAUGGACCGACACCUCCCCGCCACCAGCUUUCAGAUCCCGGCGGCCUCCAUGAGCGUGUUCACCCAGAUCUCGAUGCUCUGCACCAUCGUCCUCUACGACCGCGCGUUCGUGCCCAUGGCGCGUCGAAUCACCGGCCUCCAGCGCGGCGUGUCUUUCCUCACGCGAAUGGGGAUCGGAUUCGGGAUCUCUGUCCUCGCCACGUUUGUCGCCGGAUUCGUCGAGGUCCGCCGCAAGGAGGUCGCGUCGGCGCACGGGCUGCUGGACCGGCCGCACGCGGCGGUCCCGAUCUCGGUCCUGUGGCUGGCGCCGCAGUACUGCCUCCACGGGAUGGCGGAGGCGUUCAUGUCGAUCGGGCACCUCGAGUUCUUCUACGACCAGGCGCCGGAAAGCAUGAGGAGCACGGCGACGGCGCUCUUCUGGCUGUCGAUCUCGGCGGGGAGCUACACGAGCACGCUUCUGGUGACGUUGGUGCACAGGUUCACGGCGGGGCCCGGUGGAUCCAAUUGGCUGCCGGACGGGAACUUGAACAGGGGGAGGCUGGAGUACUUCUACUGGCUCAUCACGCUCCUGCAGCUCGUGAACCUGGUGUAUUAUCUGCUGUGCGCCAAGUUCUACACUCUGAAGCCGGUUCAGAUUCGUGAACCGGCGGGUGGGAUGGAAAAAAGAGACGAUGAAUUCGAGCUGACCGGGGCGGGUCGUGUUUGA